AUGGUUGGCAAGCAGGGGAGGCAAUGGUGGUCGAUGGGAAAAGGUCUUGUCCUGGGUACCCUACUCACCAGCUGUAUGAUCCUGCUCUACUGCCUUUCUGCUCCACAGGUCCACUUCAACCUGCCUGAGUAAGCCCCAUUCACACACUUUUUACUAGGGGAAGUUGGUGCAAUGGUUGGGCAUCCUUUACAGUAAAUAUUGCAUCAACAACAUUCAGUAUCAUGUACAGAUGAUACAGAUUGCUUUAUUUGCCAUAUGAAUGAUGGUAAUAAGCUACUAUGAGAGGAAAAAUGAGUUUUGGGUCUUCUACAUCAUUGCAUAAUGGUAAAUCAGAUAAUAUUUGUGAUUUGAUGUGUUGUAUGUGUACGCUUGCUCUCCAUAGGGUGCCAGUGCCUUACUCCUGCGCCCAUCGGCAUGCUCAAGCCCACACCACACCAUUCACAAAUGGCAUCCAGCAUGCCGCGGGACAGACGGGCCUCUGCACUCCCAAAGUGGAUGUUAUGUUCAUGAAGACCCACAAGACGGCCAGCAGCACACUCCUCAACAUCCUCUUCCGCUUCGGAGAGAAGCACAGGCUCAAGUUUGCAUUUCCAGACAGCCGUAAUGACUUCUUCUACCCCUCCUUGUUUCAACGCUCCCAGGUCAAGGACUACAGGCCUGGCAUGUGCUUCAAUAUCAUAUGCAACCACAUGCGCUUCAAUGCACCGGAGGUGGCCAAGGUGCUCCCCACAGACACCGCCUACAUCACCAUCCUCAGAGACCCGGCUGAGCUCUUUGAAUCCUCCUUCCACUACUUUGGCCGCCUGGUGCCCAUGACCUGGAAAAUACCAGGCGAGGACAAGAUGGGGGAGUUCCUGCGUGACCCCCGCCACUACUUUGACCCUGAUGGCUUCAACUCCUUCUACCUCAAGAAUCUGCUGUUCUUCGACUUCGGGCAGGACAACACUCUGGAGCUGGGUGACUCGAGGGUGGAGGAGGGCAUUCGGGCCAUCGCAGGCUGCUUCCAGCUGGUCAUGUUGGUGGAGCACUUUGAAGAGUCCCUCAUCCUGCUCAUGGACGCCCUCUGUUGGGAGAUGGACGACCUGCUCUUCUUCAAGCUCAACGCCCGGAAGGGCUCCACCGUGUCCAGACUGACCCCAGAGUUGAGGGCCAAGGCCCUGGAGUGGAACGCCGUGGACUGGAGACUUUACCAACACUUCAACGCAACCUUCUGGAGGAAGGUGGAGGCAUACGGGCACCAGCGGAUGGCUGACAACGUGGCGGAGCUCCAGAGGAGGAAUGCAGAGAUGGCGGCCGUCUGUAUUGAGGGAGGGCAUGCUGUGGAUGCAGAUAACAUCCAGGAGACAGUCAUGCAGCCCUGGCAGCCCAUCGGGGAGAAGUCCAUCAUGGGCUACAACCUGAAAAAGAAUGUGGACAAGGCCCACCUCAAGCUGUGCCGUAAGAUGCUCACACCCGAGCUGCAAUACCUGACAGAGCUGGGGGUCAACCUGUGGAUCACUAAACUGUGGGGUCAUGUGAGAGACAUUAUCAACUGGUGA